AUGGGUACUAGUUUUGAAUGUCUUGAUCGAUCUGAUCAAUAUACCUCUAUGUCACUGAAUCCUUCUUAUCAUGAUUAUCAUGUACCAACAUUUAGAAACGAAGAUGUCAUCUGUUCAUGGCGUGAACAUUAUAUGAACAAAUUUAUUUAUCCUUUUACGAGUUCAUGUAGAUCUCAACGUACUCAAAUAAUCAAACAGGCAAUGUUUUCCAGUUCAGAUGUAACCAUGAGCCAUGAUUGUUUUUUGGCAAUAAAAUGUCAUUCUAAAAUUCCAAUAGAUAAUAAUCCAGUAUGUUUAAAUUUCUGUCAAAAUGAAACGUGUAUCGACAUCAUAAAAAGUACUUGUCCAGGUAUGUUCUAUUAUCCAUCAGUUCCAAUUGCUUUUGGUCAUAUCUACUUUGCUUAUACGAACGAAUACAUUGUAAAAUGGAAAAAUGAAGGACAAAUUCCAUCCGAAUAUAUAUGUUAUAAUGAACAACUGUGUCGUGAAUUUUAUUCGAACGUAACCUUAUUAUCUUUCAGAGGAACUAUAUGUCGUCGUCGAGAAGAUUUUCCAAUACCGGUUGAUUUCAAUGGAAUAGGUUGGUAUUCUAGUUACAUCAAGCUAGUAUACUCGCAUCUUAGUCAUUGUAAUCGAAUGGUGCAUAAUAGUGUAGUUUGUAACAAUUUUAUUAUGUAUCAAUGUAAAAAUUCAUCGAAAUGCCUUCCAAACUCUUAUGUUGGUGAUGACAUUCGAGAUUGUGAUUAUGAAGAUGAUAAAGAACAGAGCACAAUCAAUGAACAGUGUUUAAUAGAUCAAAGUAAUACGUUUUUCAAAUGUCAAACAAACAAUAAAUGUAUUCAUCGAAAUCAAGUUGAAAAUAACAUUUGUGAUUGUGGAGUGGAUGAAUAUGAUAUAUGCGAUGAUGCAGAUCUAGAAUUAUUUGGAAAUAGACAACAAAUUAAAAUUUCGACUAUUUGUGAUGGUUUCGUCGAUAUUUUACCGAUUACAAUUAAUGGACGAAAUCAAACGGAUGAAACUGAUUGUGAAAAAUGGUCAUCAGAUGAAGUCGAUUGUGAUCCAACACCAUUAAUUAAAUGUCCACCGUAUCAUCAUAUAUGUGUUUCACAAAAUACAGGUAAAUUAAUAUGUUUACCUAUUGAAAGAGCCAAUAACGGUAUAAUUGAUUGUUUGGGUGGUAUUGAAGAACCAACAUUGUGUCCAAUAAAGAAUCGUUUUAAGGAAACAAGAAAGUUUUAUUGCAAAAUUCGUGACUCUGGCACAUGCUUAUCAUUGCAGUAUGUUUGUGAUGGAAUAAAACACUGUGAUAAUGAUGAUGAUGAGAAGUUUUGUAAGUCAGUCAUGAGCGACUUCUUUCGAAAGUAUUCAACUAUGUCAGAUACGAAAGAAAAUUCCGACACAAAUUUCUAUGACAUUGUUGAAUCAAAGUCAAUAGAUGUUCAAUUAAAGAAAUCGGCAUCGAACGAAAUAAUAGCAGAUUUAUUAAAGAUCAGUGAGUAUGAAUCUUAUUGUCACCGUGGCCUUCCUGUACAAGUUUUGUUAGGUAGCCAGAAGAAUUUAACAAGAAAAGUAUGUUUUUGUCCGCCAAGUUAUUAUGGCGAUCGUUGUCAAUAUCAAAAUCAACGUGUUAGCCUCACCCUAGAAAUCAAUGCACCUUCAAAAUCUCGACAAACAUUUUUUGUACUUGUUAUUUCAUUAAUCGAUGAUAGUGUCGAACGAAUUGUUCAUUCAUAUGAACAAUUGUCUUAUUUACCUAUACGUGAUGAAUAUGUUAAAUUCAAUGUCUAUUUACUGUAUUGUACUCGACCAAAAAUUUCUACAAAUCAAUAUGCAGUGCAUAUUGAUAUUUAUGAAACGGCUACAUUACAUUAUCGAGGAAGUCUGUUAAUACCAUUGAAAUUUCCAUUCUUACCUGUCGAACGUAUUACUGUUCAAAUUGAUAUUCCUCAUAAAGAUGAUAUUAUUCAAACAUGUAAUAAUGAGCAAUGUGUUCAUGGUGAAUGUAUUCGAUAUUUAAAGGAACCAAAAGUCACUAGUUUUUGUCGAUGUAAAACAGGUUGGAUUGGACGAUACUGCACUAUUCCUGAUAUGUGUAGCUGUUCACCUGAUUCAUUAUGUAGUGAUAUUGCAGCAAAUAAUCGAUCGGUAUGUGUAUGUCCUCUUAAUAAGUUUGGUUCUCGAUGUUUGUUAACUAAAACUGUAUGCCAACAUGAUUCAUGUUUAAACGAAGGCGUAUGUAUACCUUCUAACGAACAUCGUGCUUCUCAUCAACCAUAUGUAUGCAUCUGUCGAAAAGGAUUUCAUGGAAAAAGAUGUGAAAUAUCUGAUAAUAAAAUAAUUCUUUCAUUUCACAAUAAUAUUAAUUUUCCUUCGCAGUUAACCAUACUUGUUCAUUUCAUCUCUUUUUUCAAUCGUACUCUACAUACACAUAACGCAAAUCUUGCAAAACUAUGUGAAAAUAAACCCUCAAUAAUUAGUUACUGGUCAGAUCCAUUUCAUGUUGCAUUCGUUGAACUUUCGAUGUCCCAGUAUUACUUAGCUGUUAAUAAAAAUGUAGAGAAUUCAUCAACUAUUGUUCGAACAAUUAAUCCAUCUGAUCGUUGUCGAUUUAUAUAUGAAAUAUUUUGUGUAAACAUAAUUCAAAUGCAACUGAUUCAGCGAAUUAAAUACUAUCAUUUACCAUGUCGAAAUCAUUCAUUAAAAUUAUCUUGUUUCUAUGAUGAGACUCACAUGUGUUUAUGCCAAGAUUCUGGUGAUCAACGCUUAGCUAACUGUUUUGGAUUUAAUCAUCAAAUCGAGAUUGAUGAUUUAACUUUAUUUCUCAAUCAACUUGAACAUGAUUGUUUGGAAGAUUCUUCGUUUAAUUCAUCGACUUUAUCAACGUCACCAUUUACAUCAACUUCCUCCAUUUCAACUGUUCCACCAACUACAUUAACAGACAGUGGCAUAUCAUCUAUUUACGUUUGCGAAUAUUUUCUAUACUUAUUCAUUUGGUUAUUUUGCUUACAUAUUAAUUAUACAAAAUGA